AUGGAUUCCUCGCCCAAACUCGAUAUCCGGCCGUCGGUCAGCGACGCGCGCAGGCUCUUUGAGCAGACCAGCCAAGCCGCACUGCGCCCAACGCUCCUGCCCGUCUGCACGUCGCUCCCCUCGGACUUGCUAACCCCAUCGGCCAUCUACCUGAAGCUGUCUGCAGGCGCCACCGCUGAAUAUUCAUUCCUCCUCGAGAGUGCAACGGGAAGCACCGAGACGGUAGGGCGGUAUAGCUUCAUUGGAGCCAACCCGAGGAAGGUGCUGCAAACCGGGCCUGGAUAUGGCCAUGUCGGCGACCCCCUUCAGGCCUUGCAAGCUGAGCUUGCCCAAGACCGGACUCUUAGCAUCCCGUCCCUCAAGCUCCCCACACUAACUGGAGGUGCUGUCGGCUAUGUCUCGUACGACUGCGUCAAGUACUUUGAGCCAAAAACAGCCAGGCCGCUCAAAGACAACUUGCAUAUCCCAGAGGCGCUUUUCAUGUUAUUCGACACUGUUGUGGCAUAUGACCACUUCUUCUUGACCCUCACUGUGGUUACGCACAUGCGGCUUCCUAAUGGCUCAACGGACGAUUUUCAAGCACGGUACGAUGAGGCGUGCGCGACAAUCAGGUCGACUAUCGAUCUCAUCCAACAUCCGGACACGCCCCUACCCCCAACGAACCCCAGCAUCCCAGUGUCCGAACAGCAAUACUCAUCCAAUGUUGGCCGGCACGGCUACGAGUCCUUCGUGACCAACCUGAAGGAACACAUCGUCAAGGGAGACAUCAUCCAAGCCGUGCCGUCCCAGCGCUUCUCUCGCAGCACGAGCCUCCACCCGUUCAAUAUCUACCGGACCCUGCGGACGCUGAACCCCUCGCCAUAUCUUUUCUUCCUCUCCUGCUCCGACUUCCACAUCGUCGGCGCCUCGCCCGAAUGCCUCAUGAAGACAGACGGGUACGCGUCGCUGCCGAUCGACUCGAGGUUCGGCUACAGCGAGGCCGAAGCCCGCUCGCGGCCGCGGAUCGUGAACCACGCAAUUGCAGGCACCAUCCGCCGGGGUGCCAACCCGGCCGAGGACGACGUGCUCGCCGCCGAGCUGCAGAACUCGGCUAAAGACCGCGCCGAGCACGUCAUGCUCGUGGACUUGGCGCGAAACGACGUCAACCGCGUCUGCCACCCGUCCACCGUCACCGUCGACCGGCUCAUGCGCAUUGACCGGUUCUCGCACGUGCAGCACUUGACCUCGGAGGUGUCUGGGCUCCUGCGGCCCGAGUGCACCCGCUGGGACGCCAUGCGGUCCAUCUUCCCGGCUGGCACUGUGUCGGGGGCGCCCAAGAUCCGCGCCAUGGAGCUGAUCUAUGACCUCGAGCAGGAGAAGCGCGGCAUCUACGCGGGCGCGGCUGGCUGGUUUGCGUACGAUGUUGUCCGGGUCGAGGCGCCGUCGGCAGACGGCGCGGUAGAGGUUGUCGUGGAUGAAGGCCAGAUGGACACGUGCAUUGCAAUCCGCACCAUGCUGGUGAAGGAGGGCGUGGCGUAUCUGCAGGCCGGCGGCGGCAUUGUCUUUGACAGCGAGAAGACGGAGGAGUGGAUGGAGACGAUGAACAAGCUGGCGGCCAACCUGCGGUGCAUCGAGCUGGCGGAGAAGUAUCACGGAGACGGCCUAGGGUCGAAGUCGGUGCAGGACAUUAUUGAAGAUGAGCGGAGGAAGGGCGAUGAGCAUUAUCGUCUGCAAACCAACCCCGGGGCUUGA